AUGGGUGGAUAUCUUUCUUCAUUCUUAUCAUCUCUCCCUCUACAUCAACAACCCAAGAUUCUUACAAUUAAUCCCUCAAUCCACAUUCGCCAACGAAUCGCAUGCCAUUUUGGUUGCUCUGAAACUGACGAAGAAUCAAAAUCGAAGAAACACCUCUUGAAUUUGCUCAAACUGUCCGUAACACUCACUGUAGUCUCGGGUUCACUGCCACAACCUUCUUUAGCAGCCAAAGUUUCUGAAAAGAGGCGUUCGGCGAAGAAAACCGAAGCUUUUACACCGCAACAAUUGAAAUCAUGGUCACAGGGACUUCCCACUGUGACCAAUCGGCUUCCAUAUACAGAAAUUUUGGGUUUGAAGAAAGAAGGAAAGCUUAAACACAUAAUUAAACCGCCUAGUGUAGGUCUAAAGCAGAGGCCUCAGGUGGUUUUAGCUGUUUUGGAGGAUAAUUGCGUUGUUAGGAUUGUUUUACCUUCCAUAGAGACUGAUUCAAAGUUUUGGGCACAAUGGGAUGAAUUAAAGAUUGAUUCUGUUUGUGUGAAUGCAUAUACUCCACCGUUGAAAAGACCAGAAAUUCCAUCGCCUUAUUUGGGGUUUUUGUCCAAAAUUCCAGUUUGGGUGUUUUCGUUUGUGAAGCAGAAGCCACAGUCCAAGAAGGCUUUGGAGUUGAAGAGGGUAAGGGAUGAGUUGAAAAAUAGGCAGAAUGAUCAAUUCGAGAGGAUGAAGGAAGAGAGAGAAAUGAUGGAGAAGACCAUUAGAACGCAGAAGAAGAUGGAAGAGAAGAGAAGGAAGAAGGAGCUGAAGAAGAUGAAGUAUGAGGAGUCAUUUCGUCAAGCGCGUAUGAAUAAUGAGCGCAUGUCGGGUGUCUGGGAUAGAUUAGCUAGUGAUCCAAAUGUUGCGACAGCGCUUGGGUUGGUCUUCUUCGUUAUAUUUUAUCAGACAGUGGUUCUCAGUUAUAGGAAACAGAAGAAAGAUUACGAGGAUAGGUUGAAGAUUGAGAAAGCAGAGGCGGAGGAGAGGAAGAAAAUGAGGGAGCUGGAGAGGGAAAUGGCGGGGAUUGAGGGUGGAGAUGAGGAGGAUGAGGAGGGAGAAAAAGGUGAGGAUAAUCCUUACAUGAAGAUGGCAAAACAAUUCAUGAAAUCUGGUGCUCGUGUUCGUCGGGCACAUAAUAAGAGGCUUCCUCAGUAUUUGGAAAGAGGUAUAGAUGUGAAGUUUUCUGAUGUUGCUGGUCUUGGGAAAAUAAGGUUUGAGCUGGAGGAGAUCGUGAAGUUCUUCACUCAUGGGGAAAUGUACCGCAGGAGAGGAGUCAGAAUACCAGGUCAGAUUUCUCUGGACUUUGAUGAUAUCCUUUCGGUUAAUUAG